CUCGCUCUUUCUUGUUGCGUUUUUUUCCUUCUUAUAACAGAAACAUUUUCCUUCCAUCAGGAAUUUCUGGCACGGUGUAGGGAUGAUUUAGAACAAGUCAUUGAAUUGCUACCUCACCGCUCUCUCGCUCGCUCGCUCUCUCGCGCUCUCACCCUCGUUCUGCGUUCUGUCCGGGAGGAGUACGGAGAAGCCAAUAGGAUGCGGGGUCUCUAAUGGAUGCAAAUGAUCAUGAAAAGACAGUGCAAAAUAUGAAACAACUCAUUUGCAGGGAAGUAAAUCACCGAAAACUGUUUAUGAACUGGCAUCCUUUCUUCGAAAUGUAAAGCGAGGACCUCUGGAAGUGGCGGUAGAUUUUUGUGUGGGGGGUGGGGGGUGGGGGGAGGGCGCGCGAGCCGGCUGCCAUGCGAGCGUAGACUUUUGGAGGCUCCGCGGUCCUUCUCGAUUCCUGGAAAUCGCAAAAAGUGCGGCGGCUCCGAGCUCCCCUUCGCCUUUUUUCUUUCUUUUCUUUUUCCCCCUCCUCCCUUCCCCUCUCCUCUCCUGGCGAGGGUGGCUGGGAGCCGGCGAAUCCGCGUUUUUUUUCUCUCUCUCCCUCCCUCUCCCCCUCCCCACCCCCUCCCCACCAGCCCCCAACUACAGCCGCCGCCGCCGCCGCCGCCGCCUCAAAAUUCAAUAAAAUGAGCUCUUAUUUCGUCAACUCACUGUUCUCCAAAUACAAAACGGGGGAGUCCCUGCGCCCCAAUUACUAUGACUGCGGCUUCGCCCAGGACCUGGGCGGCCGGCCCACCGUGGUGUACGGCCCCAGCGGCGGCGGCAGCUUCCAGCACCCGUCGCAGAUCCAGGAGUUCUACCACGGGCCGUCGUCGCUGUCCACCGCGCCCUACCAGCAGAACCCGUGCGCCGUGGCGUGCCACGGGGACCCCGGCAACUUCUACGGCUACGACCCGCUGCAGCGCCAGAGCCUGUUCGGCGCGCAGGACCCCGACCUGGUGCAGUACGCGGACUGCAAGCUCGCGGCCGCCAGCGGCCUGGGCGAGGAGGCCGAGGGCUCGGAGCAGAGCCCGUCGCCCACCCAGCUCUUCCCCUGGAUGCGCCCGCAAGCAGCCGCCGGACGCAGGCGAGGCCGACAGACCUACAGCCGCUACCAGACCCUGGAGCUGGAGAAGGAGUUCCUAUUUAAUCCCUAUCUGACUCGCAAGCGGCGGAUCGAGGUGUCGCACGCGCUGGGACUGACAGAGAGACAGGUCAAAAUCUGGUUCCAGAACCGGAGGAUGAAGUGGAAAAAGGAAAACAACAAAGACAAGUUCCCCAGCAGCAAAUGUGAGCAGGAGGAGCUGGAGAAGCAGAAGCUGGAGCGGGCCCCGGAGGCGGCGGAGGAGGGCGACGCGCAGAAGGCCGACAAGAAGUAGCCUCCAGCUGGGACUGCCAGGGCCGCGGCCGCCCUCCGCCCGCCCGCGCCGCCGCCGCCGCCCGCCCGCCCGCCCGCCCGAGAGCUCCGGCCCCGCGAGCGGCGCCCGGAGCCUGGCCUCCCGCCGCAGCGUCCCCGCCGCGCCAGUCCCCGCUAGUGGUAGUAUCUCGUAAUAGCUUCUGUGUGUGAGCUACCGUGGGUGCCCUUCCCUUCCAUGGGGGCCGGGGAAGACAGGGAUUGUGAGCAAGGACUCCCUCGCCCAGCGAGGGGGAGCGGUUGCUGCUCGGCCGAGCCCCCUCCCCACGCCCCCGUCCCGUGUAAAAAGCCUCCUUGUGCAAUGGCCCCCUUUCCCUGUAAUGACCGAGGUACCGAUUUCUGCUAAGUUCUCCCAACAACAUGAAACUGCCUAUUCACGCCGUAAUUCUUUCUGUCUCCCCUCCCUCUCUUUCUCUCUUUCUCUCUCUCUCUUUGACCCCCCCCCUUUCCUCAUUUCCUCCUCCCACCCCCUCCGUCCCCGCUGCCCUACCUAGCUCGCUGGCUUUCUCUCUUGCUUCUCUCUUUCCUCCCACCCCCUUCUUUGAUUUGACAAUUUCGUCUUAAGUGUUUCUCAAAAGAGGUUACUUUAGUUAGCAUGCGCGCUGUGGGCAAUUGUUAAAAGUGUUCUUAGGUUUACUGUGAAGAGAAUGUAUCCUGUAUCCGUGAAUUGCUUUAUUGGGGAGGGAGGGAGGGCUAAUUAUAUAUUUUGUUGUUCCUCUAUACUUUGUUCUGUUGUCUGCGCCUGAAAAGGGCGGAAGAGUUACAAUAAAGUUUACAAGCAAG